AUGUUCCUUAUCAUUGUAGAUGCACAUUCGAAGUGGCCUGAAGUGGAAAUAAUGCCAUCCACCACAUCGGCGCAAACCAUUGACCGACUCCGAAAUAUUUUUGCCCGAUAUGGAGUGCCAGCACAGGUGGUGACCGACAAUGGGCCACAAUUUACAUCCGCAGAGUUCCAACUAUUUUUGAAGACUAAUGGUAUCAAGCAUAUUACCAUGGCCCUAUACCACCCUACAACCAACGGUCAAGCGGAACGUUUUGUUCAGAGUUUCAAACAUGCUAUGAAAUGCGAGAAACAAAGUGCAUCCCAGCUGAAAACCAAUAUGGCAAAGUUCCUUUUGGCUUACCGGAACACCCCGCAUUCGACGACUGGAGAAUCACCGUCCGUGUUGUUUUUAGGCAGACCGCUACGGACUCGCCUCGAUUUGGUGAAACCUGAUUUACAAAGGAAAGUGAUGAACAGGCAAAUCGAUCAAGCAGGGAGAAAAAAACAUUCCCCCACACGUCAGUUAUCCAUUGAUCAGACUGUCAUGGCACGUAACUACAGUGGGAAAGAUAAGUGGCUACCAGACACAGUUCGAGCUCAAACGGGACCCCUUUUGUACGAGAUAACAGUUGGUCCAAAUCGAAUUUGGCGACCUCACAUCGACCAGCUUCGAGCCUCUAGUGUGAAAGUAAAUGACCAGAGUGAUGAUACGGCUGAACCUCAUCCAGAGCCCGGAGAGACUGGUCAGAAUAUUGCACCAGCAGAAGAAAUUGUCGCAGAGCCGGAUAUCGAACUAGCCACGAAUCCACCAGUAGUGCAACAACAAGAAACCGGUAGGGCUACAACAGGAUCUGAACAACGCUACCCAACUAGAUCACACCAACCACCCAAGAGGUGGGGUCUUAACUCUUUGAUCCGAAAAUUGUUUAAGAAAACUACAUAG